AUGUUUGCCCUCGUCUACCUCUGCCUCAGCCGUUCCCCUUCUUUGCAAAUCAAUAACGAUUGUACUAGCUUUGAGGUCAGAUUUCAGGGACAGCAGAAGACACGGAGGAGAUCUAAAGGGGAUCCAACGACAAUUUCAGCUGGACAUCUUGUAAAAAUCCUUGAAGGUCCAAAAGAGGCGUUGAUUGAUUUAGCAUGGCAUCCUGUUCACCUCAUUAUUAUAUCUGUCUCUUUGACUGGCUUGGUUUAUAUUUGGGCUAAGGACCAUACUGAGAACUGGAGUGCAUUCACUCCGGACUUCAAAGAGUUAGAGGAAAACGAAGAGUUUGUGGAACGCAAAGAUGAAUUUAAUCUGAUUCCUGAAACUGAAAAGGUAAAAGAAUCAGAUAUUAAUGAAGAUGACGAAGUUGAUAUUGUAACAGUGGAGAAAGAUAAUUUCAGUGAUUCAGAUUUGUCUCAAGAAGAUCUUGCAGGUUAUGGGGAUGGAAUAGAUAUCUAUGGAAAGGCGCUUCUUACUGUGAGGGAGGUGGAGCGGGAGAACAGUGCUGGAUAUCUAACACCACGAUGGAUACAUACCAAUAGCACAAAUGUUCGGGAAAAUGGAGUUAUAUUCAGUUUCACCUGCAUGGAAAUGCGAGAUGGAGAUCAGCCAGAACAUGCAAAUUGCUCUCCAGAAGGAUUAGUGGGGGAAGAAAAGAUGGCUACAAGGACUGCUAGAAUUGAACUUGCUGGAGAGAAUGCAUUGCAGAGGUAUGAUGCAGGUGCAUAUGCACAAGUUUUGGCAACAAGUAGAUCAGAAUCUGGCAACAGUUUGACUGCAUUUACAUAUCUAAGAAUUAAUGAGAAGUUGUUUGAAGGGGACAACUGGCGGCACUUAGUGGAGUUUGUUAGAAGCAUGUCAGAAGGUGGUCGGAACGAAAACCUAUCAGACUGGGACUCCCGUGGAACUAACCAUUAUAUUGGCUUUGUCAAAGACAAGAGUGUUCAGAAAACUAACGAAGCUGCUCUGGCAUGA